UUCCGUGCUCAGUCAGGGUUUGCUGAACUGCAGUAAGACUACUGGUGCAGUCAGGUUCCUUGAGGACAGUGUGAGAGCCCAUCAGUUCUGCAGAAGUCAAGGCACCUGGAUUCCAGAGCUUCCACAUAAGACCAUGGCUGAGCCCUGCGAUGACUCUCUGAGGAUUGUUCUGGUAGGGAAAACAGGAAGUGGAAAGAGUGCCACAGCAAACACCAUCCUGGGGCAAAGGAGAUUUGCUUCUAGAAUCGCACCCCAUGCUAUCACCCCGACCUGUCAGAAAGAAUCCCGAAGGUGGAAGGAGAGAGACCUCCUGGUUGUUGACACCCCGGGGCUCUUCGACACCAAGGUAAAACUGGAAACCACCUGCAUGGAAAUCAGCCAGUGUGUCCUCCAGUCCUGCCCUGGGCCUCAUGCUGUCAUUUUGGUUCUGCAACUGAACCGAUUCACGGUGGAAGAGCAAGAAACUGUUGUCAGGAUCAAGGCUAUCUUUGGAGAGGAAGUCAUGAAGUACAUGAUUGUCUUGUUCACCCGCAAAGAUGAUCUGGAGGACCAGAGUUUAAGCGACUUCAUUGCUGACUCAGAUACAAACUUGAAAAACAUCAUCAAGGAGUGUGGCCAUCGCUGCCUGGCCAUCAACAACAAAGCAGAGAGGGCUGAGAGGGAGAUGCAGGUGCAGGAGCUGAUGGGGCUUGUAGAAACCCUGGUACAGAACAAUGGCGGUCUCUACUUCUCCGAUCCCAUAUACAAGAAUGCAGAGCAAAGGCUGAAGAAGCAAGUGGAGAUCUUGAGGAAAAUUUACACUGAUCAAUCAGAGAAGGAGAUUAGAAUAGUGGAGGAGGAGUAUGCUCUCGGAAAACUUAGUACACAGGAACGAGAGGAAAAAAUAAAAGCCAUUAGGGAAAAUUAUGAUCUGAAGAUAAGAAACCUGCGUGAGGAAGCAGAGAAGAGCACAUUCUACCAGAUUUUUGAAUACGUUAAGAAAGUUCUUUUGCGUAUAUGGCGUCUCUUUUCAUAAGCAGUCUGCAUUUUUUUUUCAUUUAUUGUGAGCAUUUUCCCACCUCACUCCCUACCACUCUCCCUGCUGGCCCUUUCCAACAAGGCACCUGCUGAUUUAAGAGAUAGCAAAACCAGGAAUUCAGUGUAUCAGAGUCAGGACUCAGGGACAGGCUCCAAGGCUGGCUCACACUGGGCGCUGAGCUUCUAUGCUAACCCGUCCUACCUUCCCCACUAUGAUGGACUGAUAUGCCUCUGUAGCCAUGAGACCCAAUAAACACUGCUUCCCUUAGG